CAUUAAAGAGGCGAUCGAGGAGAGCGAGGAGCAAAGGAUUAAAUAAUGGAUCGCAAGACGCGGCGGGCUAACUUCAAAAACCUGCAGCCCCGAACGACGCGAAGCACCAAAGCAUCCACUGAUACAUUAUCACUUUCGAACUUUUUUGCCACACCCGAGGAAGCUGGAGAGGAUCCCCCAGCUCCAGCAUCAGUUCCUGCAGAACCUGAUCCUCCAGCGCCCAAAAUCAAACCAAUACGAACCAGCAAUGUGUUCGAAAAACCAGGACCCAAGCCAAAAAAGGCGCCCAAACUCAAGGGAAGCAGUGCCCCAUCCACGGGUGGCUCCCGUCGAGGUCGUGGGAAGAGCAAACAGCAGCCCAGUAUCAGCAACUUCCUGCGGAACGAACAGAUUUUCGCCGAGGUGACCGCCCAACACUGCAUGGCGGACAACUUUAGCCCGGACGACAUUGAAAUGGCGCUGGCGCUGUCCAAGUCGGAGGCUGAGAAGAAGGGACUCCUACGCCUGAACGACGAGGACGAUGCAGUAAUUGACCUCGUGGAUGACGAAGGGGCGUCUACGGAGAAAAUACGGCUGAAGCUGAAGAAAUACGGCUUUCGCACUGCGGCCAAGGAAGAUUACAAAUCCCUGGCGGUAUUGCCUGUGUUGGCGGGAAAGGGCGGAAGGCGCGGGAAGUGGGCCAACAAGUUCACUGCCCUUACCUUACGCAAUCCCGAGGUGCAACAGAAGAAGCUGGAAGAGAAGGUGUCCGCAUUGCUGGCCCAACAAGUCCGCACAAAGAGCGAAUACAGGGCGAUGCCAGUUUACAAUGUGAUCAGUGCAAACCUUCAGAAACUUCGAGUUAAAAGUGGAUCUCAAAUAAUUCGGGAACCAAACGAAGGUGCCAUAGAAAAUCUGAGUUUAUACUAUGUGACCGACUUGAUUGAAGUUAGCCAAGCGCCUGCCGACCAUCUCCUAAAGAAUUGGGCUGCAAUACAGGGAAGGGAUUUAUCUCCAGAGCGGGAGACCUCGAAAACCCGCGAACAGAGAGAACAACUUGAACUGGUCUACGAGGAGUUGGAAAAGCAUUUCGGAGAUCAGCAGCAGUUAGAUCAGCAAGUGAAUGCGGAACUAGAUGAACUAGAAAAGCUGGUGGCCGAAAACAUGAUCGAAGAUCACUCCAAAGUGGGUGCUAAUUUGGAGACAGAAACAUCCUCGGCAAGCAGCAGUCCUUCGAAGGAACCGCCAGAUAAGCGGCCAAAAAUGACCAAAGAUGAAAAGGAAAACAUCCAACCCGCAGCCUCACUAGCCAGCUUAAGCAUUCCCACCAAAAUCACUCGUUGCACCUCACCUGAUUUGUUUGCUGAUUCGGAUGAUGAGCCGGUCAUGGCCACCACUUCUAUCUCUAACGAACCCACGGAUCUUAAGGACUUUUCCUUGAAGGUCUACAAGAAUUUAAGUACAAGUGAACGUUCGUCUCCGGUGAAGGAAGUGGAAAUGAUAUCUAGCAAUGAGGAACCUACUCAAAUAUCGACCUAUGAAGUGUUCUCCAGUUCGAGUGAUGAAGUAAAGACUGUUUCCAACGCUACAGAAGAGAAGAUUUCUUUUGAGGAUAAAUCAGUAGAUGACUUUAUUGAUCUAACUCAACAGUUUGAAAUGGCAGACUUUAAUGAGCCAAACUCGAAAAUCCUAAGUCUUAUUGCACCAUGUGAAACCGACUCUAAAGUUGACAAUUUAAUUGGCGAUAUGCUCUUAGAUUCAGCUAGUCAGGAAGAAAGCUGUCCCAUUUCUAAGGAAUUGUACCUAAAGUACGCCAAGGUGGAAAAAUUCCCAUUGUUGACAACAGAAGAAAAUGAGGAUAAAGAAGAAAUUUCCCUUAAAAUUGAAGAAGACACUCAAAGUUCUCAGCAGUCAUCGUUUAAUCUAGAUAUUAGUACUCCGUCAAACAACACAAAACAGAGUUCGAGCUUUAGCGAAUUGAACUUUUCGAGAAACUCAAUUAGAAGAAGCGUUAGCUUAUCAACAGAUCACAUCUUCAAAAGUCCGCUUAACUGGAAAAUGAACUUAUCAGGUGAGAAGAGGGUAUCGCCUGCACGUUCUCCUUAUAAGCAUUCAGACGCAAGUUUUGACUUAACCCAAAACAGCGAUGACGAAAACGAUGUGAUUCUGCUUUCCGAUGAGGAAAUUAAUUACUCCAUCUGGAAGGCUAAUAAGACGACUAGGGCUGAAGAUGUUGAGGACGAUAGCUCAGACAGUUUCUUUGCCUCUCCUGUAUCUAAAAAGCGAGCUAUCCCACAGUUCCAAACUGAAGACGAUCUGGAUGCAUUCCUAAAGGCCUUUCCUUCCGAUGGUUCACAUUCCCCCAACAAUAGCGCACUUAGCAAGGAGCGUGCUGAGUUUGGAAUCCUAGAUGCGGCUCCAUCUCAGCCCUUCACUCUUUCACAACUGCAGAGCCCCGUCACAAAAGACUCGCCAUCGAAUAUCGAUAUCAACUGGGCAGAAGCUUCGUUUUUGGAUGCACCAGUGAAGCCUUUGGCUCGCAGGAGUAGCCACAAAUUCAAUGACCUCCUGGCAAAAGUAAGCCAGGCGGAAAAUAGUUCUGAUAACGACUUUGAUGAGUUUGAUCAGAUAGUUUUCCAAAACGCCAAAGAUGCCACUAUUGCGACAGAAGCAGAUCGCAUGCCAAGUGGUCUGGAAACUUUACUAAGGGGGAAAAUUAAAACACCUGCAAUGCCAGAGACUAGUACCCGAAAAAUGGAAUCUUCUGUUGUGCCAGAACAAGUUGAAGUAGAUGGUAACGUGUACACCGUGCGUGUUUGUCACACACCAAAACCAGACUUCACAACUCUUUCCGAGUCUGAGAUUCUACAGCAACUUUACAACUACGGCAUUAAGCCCCUGAAACGCAAGCAGGCAGUGAAAAUGCUAGAGUUUAUCUACAAUCAAACGCAUCCCAUUAUGCAAACUGCUGCGGUUCAGGAUUUGCCACCUAGAAAUGAACCCAUGGGCCGAUCUAAAUCCACUCCCGUGAUGAUGGAGAAACCCCGCUCCCAACUAAUCAAAUCAACUUCUGAAGUCUCACUUACGCCAACUGAACCGAGAAAGGACUUCAAAUUUAACGAUGCCUGGGGAGAUGAUUUGCUGCGUUUUUCCCAAUCUCUGCCGCCGAGUCUUUGUGACGACUUUGAGAUCUUUGUCACGCAAACGAACAUUUCCAAGAAAACUCCACAGCCGCUGGUGCCACUUCACAUCGCCUGGCACAAUCUUCUUUGCGCAAAUCCCCAACUGCAUGAGAGCGUCCUCAUGUAUGAGCCCAUUGAUCUGCAGGAGGUAUAUUUAUACUUAAAGCACAUGGGUCAUCGUUACGAUCCCAAGGAUUUAAAAACUUUCUUUGACCGACGUUGCAUUAUCUUUCGCUAUGAACUGGCCGCUCCUGGCAAGCAAGCGGAGCGUCAUGUGCGAAAGCACCCAAAGAAUCCCUCUAAAAGGAAGUAACCUACUUUUGUACUUAUACUUUAUACCCUAUAUCCAAUGCAUCGUAUUAAUAGUUAGUAUUAUGUUAGAAUGGUUAGUCAGUAAGGCAAUUGUUUUUUGGCAAAUUUCGAUUUAAAAUUAUUAUUUGUGAAAUUUUGAAACUAUAAAUAUAUAUUUAACACUGUUAUAUAUAAACAUCAACCAUAUAAAUACUUCCAUUUUCCUUUCAAGUAAACAAUUUAUAUUGUAUAUAGUUUAUGGGCCGUAAAUUGUAGCUUUAUUUCAUGUAAUUUCAGAAGACAAUAUUCGAAAACUAAACGGACAAAUACAAAUGUAUAGAGUUUGCAUUAACUGUUGAAAAUACAAGACACUGAUAUGUUUUAUACAAAUAUAAUAUUGGACAACAUUAAAUGCUGCAUCUGCAGGAUACCCAAUAAGGGUAAAUAGCAUUUAAUUUAAA